AUUUGGUUGGGGGGAAACAUUCCAGAGCAGUUCCUGGCAUGGCGCAAUACCUGGAUCGAUCUCCAUCCAGAAUGGCAGCACAUCCUCUGGACGGAGGAGGACGUAGAGGAGCUCGCAAUGCUGAACCCCGAGGCCUACAAGAACGCUCCCAACCUGGGAGCGAAGUCGGAUCUGCUGCGCCUGGAGGUGGUCUGGAGGUUCGGGGGUCUUUACAUCGACAUCGACUUCGAGUGCCUCAAGAGUUUCGACGUGCUGCACGACCACCUGGACUUCUAUGCUGGACUGAGCAAUGUGGGGGCCAUGGAGAUAAGCAACGGUAUCUUCGCUGCAAGGUGA